AUGUCUUUGACUUCUGCCUACCAGCAUAAAUUAGCAGAGAAGCUCACUAUUCUAAAUGACCGAGGUCAGGGAGUUCUCAUCCGUAUAUACAACAUCAAGAAGACAUGUUCAGACCCCAAAUCCAAGCCACCUUUCUUAGUGGAAAAGUCCAUGGAAUCAUCUCUCAAGUACAUCAACAAGAAAUUUCCCAACAUAGAUGUCCGAAACAGCACGCAACAUUUAGGACCAGUACAUCGGGAUAAAGUGGAAAUAAUUAGAUUCCUCACCAACUACUACCAGUCAUUUGUGGAUGUCAUGGAAUUUCGGGAUCACGUAUAUGAACUUCUCAACACCAUUGAUGCCUGCCAGUGCCAUUUUGAUAUUAAUCUCAACUUUGACUUCACUCGAAGUUACCUGGACUUGAUUGUGACUUACACUUCAGUUAUUUUGCUUCUGUCACGGACUGAGGAUCGACGGAUACUCAUUGGCAUGUACAACUGUGCCCAUGAGAUGCUGCACGGGCACAGAAUCUAUGAUCUACAUGAGGACCCAGAAUUUCUUUCUUUUUCCCCACAGGCUGUGAGUGGGGCUCUCCUCUCUUUGUAUAUCCUCUUUGUCCGAAGGAAUCAGGGGGCGGAGCAGUGGCGUAGUGCUCAGCUUCUAAGUGUCAUCAGCACCCCUCCAGCCAUGAUUAACCCUGCCAGUUCAGACACAAUGGCUUGUGAGUACCUGUCUAUGGAAGUGAUGGAGCGCUGGAUUAUCAUCGGGUUUCUUCUUUGCCAUGGUUGUCUCAACUCCAAUAGCCAGUGCCAGAAGCUUUGGAAACUGUGCCUGCAGGGCUCCCUGUACAUCACCCUCAUCCGAGAAGAUGUGCUGCAAGUGCACAAGGUCACCGAGGAACUGUUUAGCAGUUUGAAAGGAUAUGGCAAGCGAGUGGCAGACAUAAAGGAAAGCAAGGAACAUGUAAUUGCCAACAGCGGUCAAUUUCACUGCCAACGGCGACAUUUCCUGCGGAUAGCAGUGAAGGAGCUGGAGAUUGUGUUAACAGAUGAACCAGGACUACUGGGUCCCAAGGCCCUUUUGGCAUUCAUGGCCCUCUCCUUCAUUCGUGAUGAGGUUGCUUGGCUGGUUCGCCAUGUUGAAAACGUCACCAAGACAAAGACACCUGAGGACUAUGCUGACUCAAGCAUUGCAGAACUGCUUUUCUUGUUAGAGGAGAUUAGAGCUCUGGUCCGAAGACAUGCCAAAGUGAUACAGCAAUAUCAUCUUCAGUACUUGGCCAGAUUUGAUGCGCUUGUGCUGAGUGACAUCAUUCAGAACCUGUCCGUGUGUCCUGAGGAGGAGUCCAUCAUCAUGUCCUCAUUUGUCAGUACUCUCUCUUCCAUGAAUCUCAAACAAGUUGAUAACGGAGAGAAAUUUGAAUUCUCUGGUUUGAGAUUGGAUUGGUUUCGCCUACAGGCAUAUACCAGCGUGGCUAAGGCCCCCCUGCACCUACAUGAGAACCCUGAUUUAGCCAAGGUGAUGAACCUCAUUGUCUUUCACUCUCGAAUGCUGGACUCAGUAGAGAAAAUGCUUGUGGAAACUUCUGACCUGUCUACUUUCUGUUUUCACCUCCGUACCUUUGAGAAGAUGUUUGCCACAACCCUGGAGGAACCUACUAUGCUACGUUAUGCCAUCGCCUUCCCCCUGAUUUGUGCACAUUUUGCCCACUGCACUCAUGAGAUGUGUCCAGAGGAGUACUCUCACCUGAAGAACCAUGGCCUUCACCACUGCAACUCCUUCCUGGAGGAGCUGGCCAAGCAGACCAGCAACUGUGUCUUGGAGAUCUGUGCUGAACAGCGAAACCUGAGUGAGCAGCUUCUACCUAAGCAUUGUGCCACUACCAUCAGCAAGGCCAAGAACAAGAAAACCAUGAAGCAGAGGCAGAUUCCCAGAAAGGGUGAGCCUGAGAGGGACAAGCCAGGAGCUGAGAGUCACCGGAAGAACCGCAGCAUUGUUACCACCAUGGACAAGCUACACCUCAGCUUGACAGAAUUGGCACUGACAGUGAAUCAUGUACCCAGUUUUUCUGUGUUUGAACAUACCAUCUUCCCUUCUGAGUAUGUCAGCAGCCACUUGGAGGCCAGACUCAAUAGAGCCAUUGUGUGCCUGGCUGGCUACAAUGCCACUACCCAGGAGAUUGUAAGACCUUCUGAGCUGUUGGCAGGAGUAAAAGCAUACAUUGGUUUCGUACAGUCACUGGCCCAGUUUUUGGGUGCAGAUGCUUCCAGAGUCAUCCGCAAUGCCCUCCUGCAGCAGACACAGCCACUGGACUCAUCUGGGGAGCAGACUAUCACCACUCUCUACACAAAUUGGUACCUGGAAAGUCUGCUUAGACAAGCGAGCAAUGGGGCCAUCAUCCUCUCCCCAGCCAUGCAGGCCUUUAUCAGCCUCCCCAGAGAAGGGGAGCAGAACUUCAGUGCAGAGGAGUUCUCUGACAUAUCUGAGAUGCGGGCCUUGGCUGAACUCUUGGGACCAUAUGGCAUGAAGUUCCUGAGUGAAAACCUGAUGUGGCAUGUGACCUCUCAGAUUGUGGAGCUGAAGAAGCUGGUGGUGGAAAACAUGGAUGUACUUGUUCAGAUCAGAUCGAACUUUAGCAAGCCAGACUUGAUGGCUUCUCUGCUGCCCCAGCUGACGGGGGCUGAGAAUGUCCUGAAGCGUAUGACCAUCAUUGGAGUGAUCCUCAGUUUUAGGGCCAUGGCCCAAGAGGGACUUCGGGAGGUUUUCUCCUCCCACUGUCCAUUCCUUAUGGGUCCAAUUGAGUCCCUGAAGGAAUUUGUUACUCCAGACACAGACAUCAAGGUUACCCUGAGUGUCUUUGAGCUGGCAUCUGCUGCAGGGGUGGGCUGUGACAUUGACCCAGCCCUGGUGGCUGCCAUUGCCAAUCUGAAAGCUGAUACAUCAUCCCCUGAGGAAGAAUAUAAGGUGGCCUGCUUGCUCUUGAUCUUCAUUGCAGUUUCCCUCCCACUCCUUGCCACAGAUCCUUCUUCCUUCUAUAGCAUUGAGAAGGAUGGUUACAACAAUAAUAUUCACUGCUUGACCAAAGCUAUCAUCCAGGUGUCUGCUGCCCUCUUCACACUCUACAACAAGAACAUUGAAACUCACCUCAAGGAAUUUCUAGUGGUGGCUUCUGUCAGCCUCCUGCAGCUGGGCCAGGAGACUGACAAAUUGAAAACCAGAAAUCGGGAAUCCAUUUCUCUGCUCAUGCGCUUGGUGGUGGAGGAGUCAUCCUUCCUGACCCUGGACAUGCUGGAGUCCUGUUUCCCUUAUGUCCUGCUUCGAAACGCCUAUCGGGAGGUUUCCCGGGCCUUCCACCUGAACCGGGUGGCUGCCAGUACACACUGA